GUAAAGCAUCACCCCUUGGGCUGUGCCUAUCACGCAGCGUACAGGUACAGGAGAGCAGCCUACGGGAGAAAGACGGGGCGGCAGCUCUUUUCCCUUCCAUGUUUCGCUUUCAUAUCCCUCGCAUCGGACCAGCUUAGCAGAGGUUGGUUAUUUCCCUGGUGGCUCACACCUAGCCGGCUCCGACUGAGAAGAAAACACCAGCUCACGAGGCUUUGGACCUACUAUCACUCGUUCCCUCAAUGGCCUCUCGGAGGCGGCAAAGGAGGAAGGCGGAGCAGCUCCGAGAAGAGGGAGGCCGUGAACGAACGAAAGGAAGGAGGAGCAGUUGGUGGUGCCGCCGCCGCCACCUCUCCUGCCAGGCCCUGGCCCAAGCCGGGCCUCUGCUGAAGCGGGGGCAAAGAGCCCAGAAGUGCGGGGUGGUUUCCUUCCUGCGAAGCCCCUCCAAUGUCAGGGGAGGCGGGUGUUGGGCUCUGAGCUGCGGCGGCUUCUCGCCUUCCUCAUUCAACCUCCUCUCUGCGGGGGCGUGCAACCGCCGAGGCUCCGACUGAGGAGAGGCCGCGGCCUGCAGGAGCGGAGAGAAGAAGAGGGAGCAGGUUGCUUGCGUGUGAGGCGCAGGAUGUCGAGCCAGGCCCCCGUGGCCUGGGCUUCCCAGUGGCCCCAAUAAAGCCCGGGCGGAAGAACCUCGUAUGAGGCCUCUCCGUGGUCCAGGAGGUGCCUCCGUCGGGCCCUCCUUCCCCCGCUGCUGCUGAGCAAGAAGGGUCCCGCAGAAACAGCCUAGCGAGAGGGGCCCGGCUCUGCCUUGCCGUUUCCACACCGGCCCGUCCUCUGGUCUCCUUUCCCUUCCAUCUUCUUAGACGCGCACCCACAUACAUUACCGGCUGGAAGCGAAGGAAUGUUUUCUGCCAACUCCGCGGACAUGAUUGAAACCCCCCCAGUGCUCAACUUCGAAGAAAUUGACUACAAAGAAAUCGAGGUGGAAGAGGUUGUUGGAAGAGGAGCCUUUGGAGUUGUUUGCAAAGCAAAAUGGCGAGCAAAAGAUGUGGCCAUUAAGCAAAUAGAAAGUGAAUCUGAACGAAAAGCCUUCAUAGUAGAGCUUCGACAGUUGUCACGUGUGAACCAUCCUAAUAUUGUCAAGUUAUAUGGAGCUUGUUUGAACCCAGUUUGUCUUGUUAUGGAAUAUGCUGAAGGAGGUUCUCUCUAUAAUGUCCUACAUGGUGCUGAACCUCUGCCUUACUACACUGCUGCACAUGCAAUGAGUUGGUGUUUACAGUGUUCCCAGGGAGUGGUAUAUCUUCAUAGCAUGAAACCGAAGGCUCUCAUUCACAGAGACCUAAAACCACCAAACUUGCUCUUGGUGGCAGGGGGGACGGUUUUAAAAAUCUGUGAUUUUGGUACAGCCUGUGAUAUUCAGACACACAUGACCAACAAUAAGGGAAGCGCUGCUUGGAUGGCACCAGAAGUUUUUGAAGGUAGCAAUUACAGUGAAAAAUGUGACGUAUUCAGUUGGGGUAUUAUUCUUUGGGAAGUGAUUACCCGUAGAAAACCUUUCGAUGAGAUUGGUGGUCCUGCUUUUCGAAUCAUGUGGGCAGUUCAUAAUGGUACUAGGCCACCACUGAUAAAAAAUUUACCUAAGCCUAUUGAGAGCUUAAUGACUCGCUGUUGGUCUAAAGAUCCUUCACAACGACCUUCUAUGGAGGAAAUUGUCAAAAUAAUGACACAUUUGAUCCAGUACUUUCCAGGAGCUGAUGAACCUUUACAAUACCCUUGUCAGUUUUCUGAUGAAGGCCAAAGCAACUCUGCCACUAGUACAGGCUCCUUCAUGGAUAUGACUUCCACAAAUACUAGUAACAAGAGUGAUGUUAAUGUGGAACCAAAUGACUUUCAAGGAACUGCUACCAAUGAUACUAUUAAACGCUUAGAGUCAAAACUGGCCCAGCAAAUGAAAAAUUCAACAAAGCAGUCGGGAGAGCCUGGCCGCUUGAGUUUACCUCCGUCUCGUGGUAGCAGCGUUGAGAGCUUGUCAGAAGUUCGUGGGCGACCGCAGCCAGCUCUUUUUUCUGGAGAAGGCAAGCGAAUGAGUGCUGAUAUGUCUGAAAUUGAAGCAAGAAUUGCUGCUACCACAGCCUUUUCCAACCCUAAACGAGGCCAUCGUAAAACUGCUUCAUUUGGCAACAUUCUGGAUGUCCCAGAGAUCAUCAAACCAGCAGGCAACGGACAACAGAGGCGCAGAUCUAUUCAAGACCUUAGUGUUGCUGGAACAGAUUCCAACCAGGAAAGCAGAAACAAUAGUAGAUCAUCUAGUCCUAGUGUGAGAAUGAUCACUACCUCGGGGCCAACCUCUGAAAAGCCAGCCCGUAGUCUUCCAUGGACACCUGAUGAUUCUACAGAUACUAAUGGGUCUGAUAACUCCAUCCCUAUGGCAUAUCUUACAUUAGAUCACCAGUUGCAGCCUUUAGCACCAUGUCCAAACUCAAAGGAAUCUAUGGCUGUGUUUGAACACCACUGUAAAAUGGCACAAGAAUAUAUGAGAGUUCAGACAGAAAUUGCACUGCUGUUGCAAAGAAAGCAAGAACUAAUAGCAGAACUGGACCAGGAUGAAAAAGACCAGCAAAAUACAUCACGUUUGGUACAAGAACAUAAAAAGCUUUUAGAUGAAAACAAAAGCCUUUCCACGUACUACCAGCAAUGCAAAAAACAGUUGGAGGUCAUCCGAAAUCAGCAACAAAAACGUCAAGGGACAUCUUGACUCAGUGGAACUUCAAACUGACAAUGAUGCGCAGAAAAACUUUUUAAAAAAAUUAUCCCUUAAUAUGACAACUUCUGCGUGUUCCCUUAUUGGUGUGUGCUGAAUGUGUAGACAUACCUGCUGCUCUUCCAGUGUCAAUUCAAUCUCCUUUGUAUUUGGGUGAACGUUGAGUUGUUUGAGAAAGGUAAGGGCAGCUACAUGAAUUAGCAGCAGCACCAAACAUAAAGCAAAAUGCAAUGAACUCUUAGCUGUUUGUAUGCCCCUUGUGUGAUGGCUAGCCUAUCAAAAGUGAUUAAGUGGCUGCUAAAUUAUAAGAUCUUUUGGUGUUAACGCAAUAGGAACAGUGUAGAAUUAUUCCCCAUUUUUAGAAUGUUUUUGUUAUUCUCUCAUCUCGGACUGUUUGCAAGAAUCAGUCAUUUUCCAGGACUCCACCUUGCACCAAGCUCAUGAGGUGAUGCUGGCUAAGCAGUGCAUUCUUUUGAAUAUGGGAAGUCUAAGCUGAUGCCACCAUCACUGGUCGAGCGUUUGAUCACCCUGCACUUUGACUAAAAUUUCUUGUAUUCAUGCUAUCAUAAAAUCCUGUAUUUUCUUUACAUUUGAGGGUCAAGGAAUGGAAAAAAUCUGGGGAUGUUUAUCAAGGCCGCAUGUGCAAACUGAGGAUAAAGAUUCAUUAAGCCAAAUGGAUCCAGUUACAUUAUGUAUGGUUAAGUAUGGACAUGUAUGGAAUUGCUUCAUCUCAUCUUGAGGGUUGCCACUGUGCUGAGACACUGGGCACAUUCCAUUACAUCAGGGAUGUGACACCUGAGGUCUCCCAUUUUGGACUGCAACUCCUAUCAUCCCUGUCUGUUGGCCAUGCUGACUGGAGUGAUAGGUGUUCAACAACAUCUAGAGGCCCCAGUUUCCUGUCCUAGCUUUAAAUCUCCUGAUGCAGCAAGAGAGAAGGUAGUUGCAGUCCGUCUUGGACCCUGUUCUGUGCCCUACUUUUUGACCUGUCAGUUGUCAACAGGAGGAUUCCAAGUGGACUGUUACAUAGCGAGUGAGGGAAUGAUUUAUUUAUUUAUUUAUUUAUUUAUUUAUUUAAUUUAUUAGUCGCCCAUCUGGCUGGUUGUCCAGCCACUCUGGGCGACGUACAAUAUAAAAACAAUACAUUAAAACGUUAAAAUUUAAAACCAUAACAGUAAAAACCUAACCCACCCCAAAAGCCUGCCUGAAGAGCCAGGACUGAACAGGGAACAAGUGUGAGGAAGAGCGACUGCCUUCUCUCCUCUUGUGAGAGAUUAAAAGGAAUGUGCUGAUUACAAGAUGACCACCCUGCGCAAUCUUUUAGAAUAAUUAGAUGAUUGUAACAUGUAUUAAUCAAAAUUUAAUUUUGAAAAAGAAUACACUUGAAAAACUCUCCCAAUAACCACCUUCAUGUUUUAAGGAAACAAUAGCCCACAAUCCAAAGCACAAUUGGGGACUUAACAGUGGGAUUUUUAAACUUUUUUUACCCCAUUAGAAUAGCAGGCCCCCUACCCCAUGCAACAUAAUCUGCUUUUGAGCAGCCCCAAGUUCCAAGAGUGGCUUUCCAUGUAGCGGGCAGCUGCUGUUCAGGAACUGCAGAACAAGAUGAUGAAAUAGUGGGUCUGAUUUAGGUAGCUUUUACUACAUAAAAUGCCUACUGUCUUCUGAGUCUGAAGCAGAAAGGCUGUAUUUUGACAAUAUAUUUAUUGUCAUCUCGGUACUUUGAACCACAAAGAUUAAACAUUAUGAAUACUUCUGUAUAUAUGUAGAUAUGGCCCAGUGAGGUGAGAGGGAAGGAUUAUUGAUUCCAGCUAUAGAUUUUGUAAGUCAGAAAAUCAUGGUUUUACCAUGUGGGAAUCAUUCAGACACAGAAAAAAAUUAAAGAUAAAGCUAACAACCUGUGGCUUCUAAAAUGGAACACAUACAACCUUUCAGUUUCCCAUUUCCAUCAUUCUUUGGAUUUACAUUGAGAAUUGGGAUAACUUCCAGCCUGUUUGAAAUACGCAGCCUGAAAUACGCAGCCUGAUUCUGUGCAUGUUUCCUCAGCGUUAUGCCCAACUUUCAGUGGGGCUUACUCCCAGGAAAGCAUGCACAGCAAUGCAGCCUUAAUAUGGAAAUACAUUUAUGGAACAGCUUUGGUGUUUAAUAACUUGUACAACAAAAAUUGAAAUUGCUAUCAAUGAAAUAUCUAAGAAGUCAUCGAAACAUUUGAACUGAUAAGUGUUGGGCUUCAAUUCAAGCUCACUUCUCACAAAACAGUCCCCUAUGAAAGGUUUUUUAAAUAGUUGCACACUGUUAACAUUGUAUACUCUCCCUGUGCACAUUAUUGUAAAACGUAUUGGUUUACAGAGGCAUGGGCCAUUGCACCCAGAUCCUGCUUUCUUGUGAAACAGACCUUAGAAAACCCAUCUGUUUAGGAGCCAUUCCAAGGUACUGAGCACUCUCUACUGUUACAUUGCAAUCCUAUGCUUAUUUACUCAGAAAUGUGUUCAGUAUGUGCAGUGGGGUUUACUCCUUAGUAACUGUGUGUAGGAUUUUACCUAUGUACCUGGGAGUCAGUCCCAUUGAAUUCCUAUUGACUUCUGAAUAGACAGAUAGAGAAUUGCACUGUCUAGGAUAGGAUAAAGUGCUGAACUUUAUCCUUGCCCUCCUCUGUUUCUUUAAACUGAAUUAUUGCUGACUUGUGCUCAAAGAUUACCAAAUUUAAACAGCCUCUUCAACUCUAAAAAUAAAUCCAUCCUUGGCAAGUUAUCAGAGUUAAAGCCCAUCUCAUUUUGAUUAAAUAAAGGGAAGGAUUAUAAUUCGUGAAAUCUUGGCAUAUAAUUUGAUUAGUUAGCUGAAACUGAUAUUGGGAUCAAUUUAAAGGCACACCUAUUUAUAGCAAAAUGUAAUUGGCAGGGAAAAUAACUAUAGUAUUAGGAAUAGCGCAAAGUUAUCCAAAGCAUUGCUGUUGGCAUCCCCCUUGCUGGAUCGUCACCUUGUAGUGGUGAGUGGGCUUGCGUGUUCCAAUGAACCCUGUGAGCGAUGCCGUCAGGAGUCAUGUACUCCCAGCAGGGUCACCCAUGGCGGUAAAGUCAAGGGAGAGGAACCAGACAAAGAACGAUCCAAGAAAGUCCUCAACUGCAGAACAGGUGGAGGAUAACAAUGUGUAUGUUACAACGGCUAUGAAGGUGGUACCCAUGCCAUUGGAUCAAAGCCUUUUUCUGUCAAGAUUGUGUGUUAUCGUGGUGCACCGAUCUCCCCACAUAAAUUCACGCACAUGAGUCUUCCAUAACAAAAGUCCCAUGGUGAUUGGCAAAUGGCGACGGGGGCAGGACUGUGAAAUCCAGAAGCCCCUAGUCAUGGUCUGGUACAUCAGCGGUGGAUACAGAUUCAGACGGAUCCGUUGUUAAAGACUAUAUUUUGGAAAACACUCUCACUCGGUCAUGAGUGAUCGCCAAGAAGAAGUUGGCAUACAUCUGUCAGGUUAGCCAAAUGGAUGCAGUUGUGGUACAUACCAUUUUUCUCAGCAAAUGGGAGUACGAGUAAGCACAUCUGUAUAAAAAGCAUUAAACUUUGACUUUUUUUUCAUUA